AUGUUGAAUGAUGAUUAUCCAUUUCAAUGUCUAUCUCAAGAAGCUCGAGAGCUUUAUUUAGAAAGUCGUAUUUCACGUAUUCGUGUUCCAUCACCACUAGUUUUCUAUCGAGAUUAUGUCAGUCGAAAUAAACCCGUUAUUAUUCAAGGAGCACUUGAUCAAUGGUCUGCUUUAUCUAAGUGGAACACAUCUGAAUAUUUACGUCAUCAACUUGGUGAUACCCCGGUAACAAUUGAUAUAACUCCGGAUGGUUAUGGAGAUUGUGUUAAAUUACAUAAAUAUUUUGUUACACCAUUAGAAGAAAAAAUGCCUUUUAAUUAUUUCAUGGAUAUUAUUGAAGGAAAAAAAUCUUUUAAUGGUAUUGUUUAUUGUCAACAUCAAAAUAGUUCGUUUACAACAGAAUUUCAACAAUUAAAUAAUGAUAUACAUGAACUUAGUUGGGUACGAGAAGCAUUUGGAAAUCCACCGGAUGCUGUCAAUCUUUGGAUUGGUACAUCAAAAUCAAUAUCAACUCUUCAUCAUGAUCCAUAUGAAAAUCUUUAUGCUGUUAUAUGUGGUCGAAAACAUUUUACACUUUAUCCACCAACAGAUCUUUAUUGGUUAGAUCAAAAAUUUUAUAAAAAAGCUCAUUAUGAACGUUAUAAUUCUUCACAAAAGAUCAUAGAUGACGAUGGUAUUAAUUUAAAAGUUGACGAAAAUUUUAUUAUGGUACCGGAUGAUAAUGAAGUUCCAUGGUUUGAUCAUACUAAAAAUGAUCUUGAACGAAAUACAUAUUUGAAUCCAUUAAAAAUUACUCUUGAACCAAAUGAGCUUUUAUAUUUACCAUCAUUAUGGUUUCAUUGUGUUGAACAAGAUUCACCAAUAACAAUAGCAUGUAAUUUUUGGUAUGAUAUGGAAUAUGAUAUUAAAUGGAAUUAUUAUCAAUUUAUGUCAAAUAUUAUUAAACAAAAACGAAAAUCCGAAGAAAAACGGACAUAA